GCCAGCAAAAAUACUGUGAUUGUUCAGAGGAAAGGUUUCCAUAACAGUGUAACCUUUUAUAUGACUACGAAGGGAUCCAAAAAUGUCGACCAGUAGCACUCUAAGUAACUAUUAUGUGGACUCUAUAAUGGGGCAUGAAGCAGAGGAUGUGUACAGGCCACGCUUUGUCCAGUCUCCGCACAGUACGACCUCAAUGCCACCAGGUGUUGGGGACAAUGUAGAUUUUUCCUCCUGCAGUUUUGCACCCAAAUCAGCCGUUUUCCCCGGGUCUUGGUCCUCGGUCCACACGCAGUCCACCGCCGCAGUAUCAGGGAUUUACCAUCCUUACGUCCAGUCCCACCUCUCCGCAGCAGACAGCAGAUAUGUUCGUUCGUGGAUAGACCCAAUUUCUAACAACGUUUCUUUCUCCGGCUUUCACUAUAACAGCCGGCAUUAUGGAACAAAUGGAACCAAGCCCGAAAGUUUACCACUGAAAAGGACUGAGAGUGCCACUUUCGAGCCAGAGACUCGGGUGGUUGUCCGUGGCCCUGGUUAUGCUUGUGGAUUGUCCGAAUGUCCGAAAAAUGUGGCCAAAGAGAGCGUUGGCAGUGAUACUUCGAAUCACAGCGAGCCUAAAGAAGAGAAAAAACGACUUGACCAAAACAACCCUGCAGCAAACUGGAUUCAUGCACGUUCAACAAGGAAGAAGCGAUGUCCAUAUACAAAAUAUCAGACACUAGAACUGGAAAAAGAAUUCCUUUACAACAUGUAUUUGACACGAGAUCGACGAAACGAAAUGGCUCGAAAUCUCAAUUUAACUGAAAGACAGGUCAAAAUCUGGUUCCAGAACAGAAGAAUGAAAAUGAAAAAGAUGAACAGAGAGAGGGGCAGUAAGGAUCACUUAUAGCCCACGCUAGAGUGGAUUUGUAAUCCUUCGCCUUGUGAUGUACCAUAUUGUUGUGAUUACUUGGAAUAUAACGUUCUUUCUUUUUUGGGGGGGGUUUGAAUCAAAGUUAAUGUUGAGUCUUAAUCGAAUUACUCCAGAACUCGAGUAUUUAUGCCCAGUAUGAGCCCAUGGGAAUGUGCUUGCGUAUCGUUUUCUUCGUGGUGUAUUUGAACAAUGUCAUGUUUUCAGAUGAUAUAUUUGUGCUAAUAUUUUCAGUGAAUAUUGUAGGCCUAAUUCAGUGAAAGAUCCAUCACGCAAAUUGGAAAUUAUAUAACUUACUUAAAAGGUAGAGGCUGACUGAUUAUGUUUGUAAGGCUGGGACUAUAAUUUAAAAUGAAAUUAUACUCUUUAUUAGUAUUUAUAUUAGUUUCAUGGUGUUUUUUUCUGAGAUUAGUUUUGAAAUGAGACAUGAUUGGGCGUAGCCUUAAUCUUAGCAUAUUCCUGCAUUUUCCGAAUCCAAUUCAGGCUGUAUUUAAGGUUCCCUUGCACUAAUGCAGUAGUUUGCAGAAUUGAGAGAUAUGACUAAUAUCGCCUUAUUGCAAAACUGAAAUUAGAACUAUUUGGUGACUAGGAAAGUAGGACUAAUGAGAAGGUUUCUUUCUCUUAAAUAAAUGCAUUUGGUUAAUCUGUAUACGAGAUUCAAUGAUUGGAUAUUUCGUUGUAUUUUUUUUUAAGUUCAUCAGAAUGAAACAACGUAAAGUGUCAUUUGGAAUACUGAACUCACAUUUUAGAAACAUUUUUUUCAUAAUAUGAAUUUGGCUUACAAGGUGGUUGGAUUUCACUUGAAUAGGAGAAUGUUGCAUUGUUUAAAGAGGUAAUAAAGUAUUUAUGAUUGGGAGAGGUGUUGCACUGAUCUCCAAUUUAUUGUCCAACCUGUACGUAUAAUUGCUUUAAAGCAGGAAGAACAGUGGUCCCAUAAAGAUAUAUAGAUGGCUAGACGUCUGGUCUAAAUUACUUUAUGAGCCAGGGUACCUCUCUCCCUUCAAACCCUCUUACGUGUUUGAGUCUUUUUGCUGACAAACAAAAAUGCAGACACUUUCUACAGGGUGUCUGGUCGAUAAAUUGUUUUUCUUCGCGACUGAGAGGAAAUCAGCCCCCCUAAUGUAAAGAAAGUCAUGUUUAUUCACCAUCUAUCUACAUGUCCUACCGAGAGGGCCAAAACUUCACUUUGACUGCUGCGUAAAAGGCCGUUUACAGUGGUGAUUCUAUUGGUACUGAAAGGGUGGAUUUAAACCCGGUUUCUGAAAUACAUUGAAAUAUGUCAAGUAAUGUCUAUUCUGUGUAACAACCUUUUAAAAAACGGAAAAAAACCGGUUGGAUUUGAAUGUAUGCGUAUGAUCAUUUUGGUUGGUUUGGAAAAAAUAAAUUAUGAUAAUUGACACAUAGUAAAGGUAUAUUCUCCAAGCAUUGGUAAAGUAUCAUACUAGAUAGUAUUUACUAAUGAAGAGACAACUUAUUCUAUAGGUCACUAGGAAAUCAUUUAGUUGAAAAUCAGGAGCGCUAGAGGGCGACGUUGUUCGACAGAAGACCGCAUCUCUAUCGAUGACGAUGGGUUGAGGGCGAGGGGCCGUAAAGAUUUUUUUAGCGACGAUGUUCAAUGAAUUAAUGAAAAAUAUUUUUUGUAAACAUUGACGAGGGGCUUUGGUGCAUCGCUUUUAUCGAUAUAUGGAAUAUUUUGACCUAUUUUGACCUAUAAGGCUAUUGCAGCUAUUUCAGAUUCUGCUAAAAAUACUCCUUCAGUCUAUUGUUGACUGUAGAUUUGUAUUUUAACGCGUAAAUAUAAUGACUAACAAAGUAAUUACCUCUGUUGAUAACAGAAAACAGUUCAAAUAUGCUUUUACAUUAGAGCAAUUGGGUGUAAUAUUUAUUAUUAUUACUAUAAUAAUAAUAAUUAUUAUCAUCAUCAUCAAUAUAAUUAUUCUGAUGGUUAUUAUUAAUAUUAUUAUGUAUAUACUGUUGCUAGUUUUUUUUUAUACAGAAAUGUCCUGGAUAUGUUAGUGAAUACAGAAGAUCAAUGAAAAGGAAAGGGCACAUAUAUGAAAAUAUUGACAAUGUUUUCCUUCAUGGGACAAAGACAAGACUGAAUUCACUCCGCUUUUCAUGUGUAUUUUCAGCCUUAUUCACAUAUGUUGACGGAUGUUAACGGAUGUUAGCUGUUGUUGGAUUUGUUGGAUUUUUAGCUCCUAUAUGUGAUUAUAUCAUAGCAUAUCUCAUGCCCUUAACUGUG